CUUGACGCCAUUUUUAUUUUCCGAAAAAUAAAUCUGAUUAUGUUUUUAUGAUUUAAACUAUGUUUAUACCAUUAUCAUUGAAAAUAAAACAUCGGAGAUAACUAAUUUGUAUUGACAUGUCUUCAGAGAAGAUGAUUGUGCGGCGAUUACCGCCGAUAGAUAGCCCAACAAAUAUGAAAAAAGAAAUCACACCUAGGAUCACUGACAGAUAUGAAGGUCUUACUGGACCCAAGUACAAGAUAGGAUCUGUAAAUGCACAUUACAACUUACCUCCCCCAAAAGUGCUAAAGCCCUUUAUAGACACAAAUGCUGGUACCCUAGACACAUGGCCUGCACACGCUUCGGGACAGGCAGUCUCACAAACAUCUGUCGGAUUAUCCAGAUCCAAAGAGCUUGUGAUUGUCGAUGAGGAAGCCCAAGGCAAACCACAACUUAUUCCUAAACCUAAAUUUCUAGAAAUGUUGGAGUCAUUUUUGAAAAAAGAGCUGAGAUCUUUAGGUGUAACAGCAGUUGAACCAAAUGAGCUUAGGCUACAGGCCCAUAGAGAAGUGUUUGAAUACCUUGUUGAGGACUUCAAGACCUACAAACCAAUAUUAUCAGCAAUAAAGAAUGAGUAUGAAAUGAUGAUUGCAUACCAGAGUGAACAGAUUCGCCAAUUGGAACCUCUAAAGCAAAUGUUGGUGACUGUCUCCGAACAGUGUGAUCAAAAGAUUGUACAAAUACGCGAAGAAGAAAAACAAGAAAUGACAGACUUGAAAAAGGAAAACCAGAGACUUUAUACCCGAAUCGAGGAGAUGAAAAACCAAGAAGUUAGUUUACAAACUCAAGUUGAGAGACUCCAAGAGGAAUUAGCAGCUGAAUAUCUCAAAUACAGGGAUGAGUGUGAUGCCAGAAAACUAUUGGUGAGUGAUAUUAAUGACCUGAGGUACCAACAGGAAGACUUCCUUAUGGGAAAACAACAACAGAGUGAAGAAAAAGAUGAAGAUGAUCCUGUCAUGUUGAAAAUAGCACUUAAACAAGCUCGUGAAGAUGAAAAAGAGGCUACAGCACGUCUAAAUGAAAUGACAGCCAACUAUGGCGAUGUCAUUCCACGUCGUGAUUACGAAGCCCUGGAAAACCAGACCAAGAAUCUCAAUGAAAAAUAUUCCACUUCCCUCGGUGACUUUGAUAAACUAAAGGCUGAACAUGAUGCAUUAUUAGACGUUCACAAACAAGUAGUGGAACAGAGGGAUCAGUUUUAUAUAGAGUGUGAGACUCUUAGGAGAACAGCAACACCAAGGCCAGAGUGGGAGAAAGCAGGUGAUCAUGUAACAGGCGGCCUAGCAAGGUGGCAGGAGAUAUCAGAGGGCAAAACAAGCAAUGAGCUGGUUGACCUCCUCAUAGAAGAAGUCCAGGGAGCUGGAGACAGUGCAAGUGGGGCUGAAUAUUUUGAUGGUCAGGGUGUGGAUGAGAAUGUGCCAAAGUACCUGAGGUUUGAAGGUCAAGUACGAAACAGAAGACUGGGGAAGAGAGACACAGCCCUGCUUAUCAGAGACAUAUGGAGAGAGAAAGCUUCCCAUGAUGCAGAGAAAACUGAUGGAAAACGGGAAAAGAUGGACGACUUUAUGUAUAUCUACCUACAGAGGCGAUUCGCACUGGAGCAGAUGAUUAUUGAGUGGGGUUAUAACCUGCUGGACUCCUGUGAGAGGUUUGCAGAAGCUGAUCCAAACAUUGGUCUCUUCUAUAAAGUCCUUGUUGGCAAGGGAGAUGAGGCUAUUUUCCAUAGAGAUCUCCGCAACAUGGCAAAGCUCUUAAAGCACCUUACUCAGGCAGAUGCUGACAAGGGAAACACAGGGACACUCACCAAGGAAGACUUUAAAAUAGCCCUCCAGCAAUAUUAUCCUGAAAAAGACGAGGAGAAAAUCAAUAAAUUAAUUGAACAAGCAGAAAUUGAGCUUGAAGCCAAAGAUGAAGAGGUUCUGGAAUAUAGGAAUAUGUUCAUGGAGGAUGACGAGGGUAAUAUGGGGGAGUUCCUGACUGAAGUUAAGAAACAAGGAAAAGAUGCAAAACUUGAAUAUGUGGAGGAGAUCAAAGAACACUUUGGAGAAGCAACCGAGCUCAGUGUUGAAGAAUUGAGGAAAGCUAUUAGUACUGUUGACCCAACAAUUGAUGCAACCUCAUUGGACAAUUAUAUAUCAUGGGUCUUUGAGAUAGAGAAAGAGAAACUAUCCCAGGAGACACCUGCACCUGUUAAUGUUAAUGUUGUGAAACAAAGACUAAGAGAUGGGAAUAUAUUCAGAGUUGGUGCUAAGGCAACAUAGCGUGAUGCUAAGCAGGAGGGGGGGGGGGGUAGGCUGGGAGAGGGAGGCCAAUGGAGGCUUAUUCAGGGGACUUUUGCUUGAAAGUAUGGGGAAUAAUUGUGAUCCUAUAAUUCCAUUGUGAAUUUGCAUUUAGAAAAUCAUUAUUCAUUAUACUUUUGAGUAUUAUGCCUUCCUGAAUUAUUUGUACAUAUUGUAAAGACAGAUUGUAUAUAUUGUACAUAAAACCAAAUCUUUUAAUAGCUAAUAAUCUAUCUAAAUACAAUGUAUGAUCUAUGCAUUAUGUUCAAACAGUCAUACUUUUUAAAAGAUGUAUUUAUAUCAAUUUCAUCAUGAAUGAAUGAUAACUUAAUGGCCGUUAUAUCAUGGUAAAAAAUACACUGAAGAAUUGAGUAUUUAUAAAAUGAAUGAUUCAAAAUUGAAAUUUUAUAAGUGAUUCAAAAUGUAAUAUUAUUCAAAAGAAUGUUUGUAAAUAUACAGUAAAAUCUGUCCAUCGAACAGUUUAUGCGGCCAAUGCCUGUGACCAAUGAUGCAAACAAGUUUUCCUUACUGAAGAAUGGAUCAUUAACAGUUAAGACUUGGCUCUUUCGAAAACUGUUCCUUGUAGAGA